UCCCCGACGCUUGCCUCGUUCGGUACUACGAGAGUACCAAAAGCAGGCUAAAAGGAAAGAGCUUGCCGAACGCCGUGGUGCGCGUGUCGUGUCGUGCGUGUUGGCGUCCUAAACAACUCGGCCAUUAACACGAGUGACGCUCGUCUUUAUUGAUCAGUGUCUUCGAAAAACCGUAAAUUACCUGAGAAAAGAGUUUUUGAAUCUCCCGCCGGUUUCCGGGAGCUAGAACAACCCCUGAUGCAUCGCGAAACGCGAGUUCAGUGAACAGGAUUUUUAGACUGGGACAACAGGUGCGCGAGUGGCUAUAGAAGGAUUUUUUUAAAGUUUGGACAGUUUAAAGUGACAAAACAAUCAUGUUUGACGUUUUCGGUUCCGUGAAAGGGCUCCUGAAGUUGGAUGCAGUGUGCAUCGACAAUAAUGUAUUUCGACUUCACUACAAAGCAACAGUGAUCAUUCUCAUAGCAUUUUCGUUGCUUGUUACAUCCCGGCAGUAUAUCGGAGACCCGAUAGAUUGCAUCGUGGAUGAAAUUCCACUUCACGUUAUGGACACCUACUGCUGGAUUUACUCCACAUUCACCAUCCCCAAAAGAACGGGUAUCGUGGGAAAGGAUGUGGUACAUCCAGGUGUUGCCUCACCUCAAAAUGACCAAGAUGAGGAGAUUAAGUACCACAAGUACUACCAGUGGGUCUGCUUCACACUAUUCUUCCAAGCAAUCCUAUUUUACGUCCCGAGAUACCUUUGGAAGACUUGGGAGGGUGGAAGAAUAAAAAUGCUUGUCCUGGACCUCAACUGUCCAGUGGUUAGUGAAGACUGCAAAGUUGAACGCAGGAAACUUUUAGUUGACUACUUUGCAACAAAUCUGCACACGCAGAAUUUCUACGCCUUCCGGUUUUUCCUCUGCGAGGUCCUCAAUUUCAUCAACGUCGUAGGCCAAAUUUACUUCGUGGACUUCUUCCUCGAUGGCGAGUUCACGACUUACGGGUCGGAUGUGCUCAAGUUCACAGAACUAGAACCGGAGAACAGGAUUGAUCCGAUGGCUCGGGUCUUUCCCAAAGUCACCAAAUGCACAUUCCACAAAUAUGGUGCUUCCGGAACAGUGCAGAAAUUCGAUGGACUGUGCGUAUUGCCCCUUAACAUUGUGAAUGAAAAAAUCUAUGUCUUUCUCUGGUUUUGGUUCAUCUUCCUAGCCGUAUUGUCUGGCUUGAGUCUCGCCUACAGAGCUGCAGUAGUGGCUGGUCCAAAACUACGGCUUGUACUUCUUCGAGCCAGAUCUCGUCUCUCACCGCAGGAGCAGAUUACAACAAUCGCGGAAAAGUGCCAGAUUGGUGACUGGUUCAUCCUUUAUCAACUGGGCAAAAAUAUAGAUCCACUGAUCUACAAACAGCUGGUGUCGGAUCUUGCAACGAAGCUUCAGGGCAAAGAAGGACUUCAAGAUGUCUAAAAAAAGAGUUUGCACAGCUGCUGGGAACAGCUGGAACCAACCUUCAAGGACAAAGGACUAAAUAGGGUGCUCCCUAACUUUCGGAUUUACGUUCCCUUUUUUGGAAAAGGAAUCUCGUGGAUCAGACAAAAGGUUUUGCAGUUUAAAAAUCCUUAAUUCAUGAAUUUAAAUUUGAAAACUGACCUUUAUUUUACUUUAAAGGGUGAUAGAAAAAGGUUUGAAUUAAACCUUGAGGUUUUUUUUCAAAUUUAAAUCAGCGUGUGCCUUUUCAGAAAACAGUUGUCAUUAUAUAAUGUUUGUUUUAGAUAGAGUUUAUAUCUAGAUUAUGUUCCCCGAUUUGAAAUUUUUCGAGUAACCAUAAACCAACGUACCUAGAUGUGAACUCAAUUCGAAAUUUGAAUUUUUUGGUUAUUCCAUGCAAUGUGCACAAUUCCUUCGGGAAUACGGGAAGUUUCUUUUGUUCCUUUGGUUAGUGUAACUACCGACAGGUGGCGAUCGACAAUCUGAGAGAUUUUUUUUUUUUUUUGAAGCCGGGUUCCAGAUCUGCCCAUCCUCUUUGUAUUCCCCCCGUGCAUACUCAUGCGUUCGUCCGUUCAUCGAUUAUUCGUGCUCAUCCAUCCAUCCAUCCAUCCAUGGUCCAUUUUGGCGAAAUACUUCUCGAUUUAAAUUUUUUUCUCAUUCGAUGGACGCCCAGACUUUUGGGUCGCAGGGUCGUGGACCAAGGCUUCGUAGACUCUUGUGUGAUAAAAACGGGGGACGGCGUCUUUCUUGACUCUUACUUUUUUUCUUUUCGUUCGCGUUCCCCCUCCCCACGAGCAAAAGACAAAUUUUCGAAUUCGAACGGACGAAAUCAAUGCUUGGAUUGUAGUUCCGCUUGAAAAAAAAACGUAACUGGGAAAGGCUAAUUUUUGUAUAUACUAGUAACUAAAGGUUAAUUUAGGUUUUGUAAAUUAUUGGAAUCGCUUCUCUUGGAUCUGAAGUACUUUCGGGCGUUUUUUGGGAUUCAUAAUUUAAUUACUGGACGGAAUAUGUGCAUAUAUCCUGAUAAUUCCUAAUUAUUUAUCCGAGUCCGAUAAUUUUAAUUCUUAUUGUUCAGCAAAUCGUUUACCUAAACUGAAAGUUGGGUAAAUGAUUCAAAGAUUUUGUAAAUAAACUGAGAAUCUAAAAAUAGGCCCAAACUGUUCAUCACCAAUCGAUCAAACGAACGAGGAAAAAAUUUCAGUUACGUACUUUUUCAACCGUAACGAAAGCAAAGCCAAAACUCGAGUUUACUUUUGAGACCAUUUUGAUUUUUAGUUGUUUUAAAACAUAUUUUCUUUUGAUUUGUCGAUAAAUUUGAAGAAGCAAAUAAGUCGACUGGAUUGGUACUACUGUUUUUAUCACGUGGGUCCCAUUUUGCAUUUUUUUUUUGUGGGAACGCGCCCGAGGGAAUAGCAUAUUGUGUGCGGUCUUGGGAAGAACCAUAGUUGUAAAAGCGCCCCGCGAAGUUUGAAACUUUAAACGAAAUUCUUUCGUUGAAUUACAAGAAAAAGAGAUACGAAAUCCAAAAGAACAGUCUCGGAUUGUCCUUUUUUCACAGAACAAGGGACGAUAUUUGACGCCGUCCUCCCAGUAGCGUAACUUCUUCGCCCUACCAAUUUUUUUCGCUAUUGCAAUUAGACUUUAGGUAUAGGAAAAAUAUAAAUAUAUAUAUUAUUAUAUAUAGAUAGAUAAAGAGAGAGAGCAAGAGCGAAAGAAAAAGAGUGACAAGUGUGUAGAUAUUUGAUAUAGAUAUAUUUUGUAUAUCAAUCUUUGUAAACAAGGUAUUUUCUUCCAUUCCGCACAAAAGAAGGGACCAAUAAUAAUUUUUGUGCAAAUGCCGUACUAUCGCACAAUUUUUAUACACAUUUUUCAACUCAGUCGCCCGAUUUUGAGACACUGAAAAACUGCGGCGACGAAAAGGAAACUUGAGCUUGGUAUUUUAAGUUAAUUUCCCGUGAGAGAAAUCUUUUUCAAGCAAAAAAGAUGUCCCAAAAUCUAUAGAAACUUUUAUCAUAUUUGAGAUCAAAAAUCGUUUUUGCCUUAAGAAGAUUUGUUUCUGGUUAUUAAUCCCUUCCUCUUUACCUCUCGAAUCUCGAUGUGAGGUAUUUUCCAUCGUGUGUCAUUUUUUUAGCCAUCACACUGCAAAAACGUCUUUUUAAAUACUCAAUCUCAUUAAAAAAAUAGCAGGCGUUUUAUAAAUUCAGGAAGGGGCUAAUUACGGAUUUUUUCUUGGUGUAGAAAAUAGGAGAAAUGAACUAGGAGACAAUAAAACUACGUUAGUGAUAAAGUACGUUUUUAUAUGAACACUUAAUAAAAAAAAUCAUUGAUUAAAUGAGUAAAUCAUUGAGUAAAUUAACGAAUACAUGAUCAUAUCUUUCCCUGAGAAUCGAUGCUCAAAGUAAGACUGCCAAUUCGAACGCUACUCGCGGUUUUUUCUAACUUUUUAAGAAGCUGGGUAACGUCGAUAGAGUUGCAGACUUUUUUUCUUACUUUUUUUUGUACAUUCCAGAAACCCUCGAACCGCCGAGGCUCGUAAUAAAUUUCGUCCACACUCGUCGACCUCGAGAAUAAAAAAAGGGUUCCACGAAAAAAAAUCAAGACUCGUUUUUGUUCAGAUGCUUCGCCAAAACUUUUUGGAAAGUACUUUUUUAAAAAUGGACUUAAUUUUUUUUUAAUGAGUCGUGAUCUAUCGGCGUUAUUUUUCUGCUUUUUUAAAUUUCGUUUCGUGAAAACAGGAACAAAUGCAGGAGUCGUAUAUAAAUAAGUCCUUAGCUGUAAUUGUAUCUUUUUAAGCGAGCGGAAAAAGUGCCUGUUACGAGUCGAUUGGCGAUAAUCGUCGCAAUCUGCAGUGAAUCACAAUUGAAUUGAAGAACAUUACAUUGGAAUGCAUUUUGAUCUUAUUUUGCGGAAACUGUUAAUUUCACAGAAUCCGAAAACUAUGACUGGCUGAAAUUAAUUGGACAAAUUAAUUUAUAAAUUUCGAUACUUUAAGAAAUCUAAUUCAAGAUAUGAUUCUUAUUCGUUGUCUUCCUUUUUGAUUUCUGGUAAAUCGUAUUUGAACUGAAAGAUAAGAAUCUUUGCAGAUUGCGUCGAUUAAAGUAGACAAUGUGUUCAGCAGAAAGUGAUAGAGGAUGGCAAUACGACUAUUUUUGUAACUUUUGUAAUAAUUAAUUACUGUCGGGUCCAAAAACGGCGAGACUGUAAAAUAAAGUGAGUUCAAAAAAAAGACUCAUACCAGAAUUAUACAUGCUCAUAUAAAAUACAAUCAGAACAGAAAAUUCCAUUCCUUUCGCUCAAAUUGUAGCGAGCUCGCGCGCAAAUCAGGUAAAUUGAUGUAGCUUUUUUAAAUAAAUGUGUAAUGUUUAUUGAGCAAAAAUUAGCCUGGAGUUACGCAGCUUUAAGCGAAAGGAUGAAACUGAGAUAAUUUUGUGAUUUUACCUGCUGGGAUAUUUAGAAAUGAAAGCAAUUCUUCCAAGUUAAAAAAAAUAAAAGUACUAGUGAAAAUUAAAAGGCUGAAUCUAAAACCUUGUGGAAGGUUUAUAUCUUAUUAAAAUUUAUUGUAUUGCAAUAAAUUAAAAUUCAAAUUAAGCGUUUAUAGUUAAAGGCCGAAGAAUAGAAAUGUUUUUCGAAUGGUAAGAAAAAAAUCGAUCGAUAGCUUACAACAUUCGAGAGAGAAAUGUUGUAACGAUUUUGUCGCCAGUUACGUAACUUUAUGUAAGGGUUAUCGCUUUGCGCAAAGAUGUGCCACGCGAAAAUAUGUUGUAUUUUCAAUUAACACCGAAGAUGAUGUUAAUUUUUUUAGAGACGAGAAAUACUGCUUGACCUUCUUGCUUUGUCAUUUUCGACGAAAAUCUAGUUACAAUUUACGAUAUAUGAUUUAUUAUUUUUAUGCACAUUCCGUCGAGUAAUUGUUUAGGAACAGAGUAUGUUUGUGCAAAGAAUUUAAGGGAAUGAACGAAAGAGUGUGAAUUCGAGAAAAAAAUAAAAAGGAAAUUUGCACAAACGAAUUUUACCAUCAUUAUAAUAAAAAACAGUUCCAAGAGA